UUUGUUAUUGUUACACGUUACUGGAAGAUUUCAAGUGUGAAACCUUAAGUUUUUCUAUUAAUUAAUUUACUAGUGAUGCAAGUUAGUGUAUUAGUGAAAUAAAGCACAUUUAUUUCUCUUAAACAUCUUAUGUCGACCAUAUGCGCCGUAAACGGAAGAAAAUCCAGUUAAUAAUUGUUUUCAACCCGUCUUAAAAGACAAUUCAAGAUGGAAGUGGUUAUGUCGACACAGGGAAUUAAUUCCCUAUUUGCAGCUCUUGGCUGUCCAAUCGGAGAAGAUUAUAUAAUAGGAGAUGACUGCCAAGCAACCUUGGAAGAAAUAUUGACACGGUUAUACAAAGAAGACAAAUAUGUACGGGGCUUUAGACGACUCAUUGCAAAUUCACAAGUUAUCAAAAAGGACCUUCUACCCCUAUUUUACAAUGUCAAGAAUGAUUAUAAAAUAUUGGAUUUAAUAAUUGAGAUUCUGGAGAACCUGAUGAUACCUGUGGAGUGUUUGUUUCCCAUUGACAUAAUGAUCAAGGAAGACGCUGGUCGCAGCACCAUUUGUCAGCUCAACUGGCUGCUGACUGCCUGCAAGGAGGCCUUCCUCAACCCACUGGCCACGAAGAGUGUCAUAGACUAUGUCAAGGUGCUCUCUAAUAAAAAGCAACUGGUCUCCGAAGAAGGAGCAACCAGCAUCCACAAGUGUCUACAACUAUUGCGCAACUUGUUGCACAUCCCCGAAGUGCGAGGUGGCGCUCCUGGUGGUGGAGCUUCACAUCAGAACCAGAUCAUCUGGAACCUGUUUACUCAGCACGCAGACAAGGUGCUGAUACAGCUGAUGACCAGUCACAGCCGAGCUCUGUGGAGUGUGACUCUAGUCCAGGUGAUCUCCCUGUUGUACAAGGACCAGCACAGUCACAUCAUACACAAGCUGUUGGCUAUAUGGUGCGACACAGCGCUCAGUGAGAGCUCGGAGGAUGAUGAGAGUAACACAUCACCACAGGACCAAGGGUCAGGAGACUGGUCGUCUUCCAUGGCAACAUCCGACCCAACGUCCGACUCCUCUGACAGUGAUCACCAGAAACACCUUCAGAUUAAUGCUAAACAUCCGCAUCAACAUCUCAAACAGGUUGCUCAACACCGAAUGACUGAGAUCCUAGCCAAUGGUAUUGGACGCAAGGCGCAGGUGGCCAUGAGGAACAAACAUGGGAACAGCAAGAACAGUCAUCCCGUGAGGCCCCGUCAUCUGGACUAUCCUCAGGACCAGCACAGUGGCAACAAGGAGGUGAAGAUGAGUUGGACCACGUCUGAGAGUGGGCUGGGCAGCAGUCUGGGCAGUGAGUCUCAUGCCAGUGGGGAAGGUCUCAAGAUGAUGGACUGUGGCUUGCCUGAGUUGUCAGAGUGUGGCUGUGACAUCCAGAACCAGGAGACAAUCUCUACCUCCAGCAAUGAGGAUAAGGAGCCCUGCAGGUUUGGAAAGAAGAAAAAAGUUCACCAAAAACCACUUCACAUGAUCCAGAAAAGCCGGUACAUAAAUGGCAAGGUUCCCAUGACCAGUCAGUCAAGAAAAGACCUGCGCCGGGAGAAAUUGAUCAAACGUAGCAAAACCACUACGCUGAACAUCAAGACGUUCCUGAACCACACUCCCAAUGAGGAGGACAUCUCCCAGCUGCUGAAGGAGUUCACCAUCGACCUGCUUCUGAAGGGCUACGGCAGUCUAGUGACAGAACUGAAGACCGUCGUGUUGACCAACAAAGAGGUUCACAUGGACACGUCACACUUCUCCUGGCUGAUCAUGUACUUCCUUAGAUACGCAACUCUACUGGAGCUGGACCUGGAGUUGAUCAGUCCUGUUCUCUCAUAUGACAUCAUUUCCUACUUGACGUAUGAAGGGGUCAAUCUCUGUGAGGAGCUGGAGGUGGCCAAGCUGCAAGUGGGGGAGAACCUUACACGGACACUCCGUAAAUUGUAUCUGAUUGUAAGCUCCUUGAAGGAAAUUGUGUUCACUAUUGAAUGCUACCAGAAGAUAAAACAUUUGACCCCAGCUGAUCAUGAAUAUCUGAGACAGCUUCAGGAGAAGAUGGCACACACCAACGACCUGAGAUGUUUGUUUGUGUUGCUGUUGCGCCACUUUGAUCCGCUGGUGCAGAGUCAUCAGUUUCUACAAGAUGUUGUAGCCACGAACCACAGCCUGCUGCUGCUAGUGGAGAACUACCUCAGCAAAGAGGCCAUGGCGGAUCACAUCAAACAGUUUGCCACUGAAGACGUGAUGAGGCAGUAUGGAGUUUUGCUGGCCUGUUUUGAAGACAACGGAGAAACCGUGAACAACUGCAUCUUCACUAUGAUGCACCACAUUGCUGGAGAUUUGGAGAAAGUUUCCGUUCUUUUCCAACCAACAAUUCUGAGCUCUUUCAAUCGUAUCGUGGAAACUGAGUUUCAACUGAGUGAAAACUGGAUGGACCUGGUGGAGUACGUAAUACAGAAGUGUUUGAAGAGUAAGCAGACAAAGAAUAACCCUUCAGCUACAGCCUUUUCAGCCUCCAACCAUCAUUGUACAGCCAUCAUGGAGCAAGACACCCAGCCAGCCACCUGCUACGAGCAUCGGAAUAUCAAAGAAAGGGUGGUGCAGCUUAUUAAGGAGAUUUCAGACCCCCACGUUACUUUUGACAACAGGUGGAGCAAAGAAGACACUGACAAUCUCUGUUGGUACUUCCCUCAGAGCUUGCAGUUGGAUGAUCCUAUCGGACACAUCGCACAGCUGUUUACCGAGAACUGCGGAGUCAAGAAGAACCGACCAGAGAUUGUUGAAAAUCUGUUCAAAAAUGGUCUUAUAGUAGAAGAAGAGUACAAGGGUCUGAUAGAAAGAGAAUCUACGAACAAUCCUGAAACCAUUCAAAAUGUUACUCCUGAAAUGGACGUUCUUGAAGGGAUUCAAGUAAUCAUAGACUACCUCCACGGUGAACGUUGUGGUUUCUUUGUCAAGUGGUUGCAGACAUGUCUGCUAGAGGCUUGUUACGCUCGGUUACUUGUGGACGAGCAGCAGGAGCCUCGAUACGACCUUGUGGAGCCUGCUACUUACUUCUACACAAUGCUGAAGCUGCCUGUGCCUUUGGUCACCUGGACCCAGGACCUGUGGAAGGUGAUGCAACUAGAGCCUAGUCUAUGGCUACUCUCAGCACUCAACUUCCACCUGCCCACACGUACGGGUGAGGCACGUAUCUUCGCCAGGAUACCAGCGGAGUGGACACCCGACCAUCUCUACGUGGCCGCACUCAUCCUCGGCCCAGUAGACUCAAACAACAUGAAGUUCGACCCCUCUAAACUGAACGUGAUACAACAGACAGAGGGACCCUCCAUCUCCUCUGUUACGACAGAUCAGCCUUCUACCUUCAGAUUUUUCCUUGGAUCUUCAUUAAAAGCAGAUUGGAUUCAGAAGGUCAAGCAGCUCAAAACAUUUCUCAAAGCUCAGCCUAUGGAAGACAAGCACGAGCGGAUGAGUCUGAUCAGCGGAGACGAACGUGAUUGGGACUUAAUUUCGUUGUGUGUUAGUGACGAAGACACACGACACGACGACUCGACAGCCACCUGCCUCCCCUCUCAUUGAACACUAUUCCCUUGUGAUAUGUGCAAUAUUGAGCCCGCUGGACGGACACACACUCAUCACAGUCGAGAACUAUGACAUCAGCCGGACGUGUUUCUUUAAGUUUUGUUGUUUACAUGAUUUAUAGUCCUGACGAACUUGCUGGUGGUGUUUAUGGAUGAAUUGGUUGGAUAGUGAUCCAUAGAAAUCAUCGAUGGGACGGUUCAUUCGGGAAUUGGACUCUAAAAUCCUUAAAAAUCACAGUAUAUUUGGUAUGAAAUGCAUUUCAAAACUAAACAUUUCCAGCAUUCAAAACAACAUCCGUGAUUAUCUCUUGUGAUGACGGUGAAAUAUUGAGCAUAUCCAGUGAUCACAACAUCAUGAUAAUUUCCUGCAAUUCUUAUUUUUUGUUAUCUAAAAAUUAGCUAAAUCAUGUCUAUAAAACAGGAAUAAAUAUUUUCCUCAACUUCCUAAAUGUUUGGGAGUAGAAUAUUUCUAUAGUGAAAUGUCUUGAACAAACUAACAAGUUGUAGUAGUGUGUGCAAAAGGCGGAUCUAAAUAGAAUAGAUACUUCUCAAGGUUCAAGAUACUCUAAUUCAGUCAGUUGGUGUGUUGGGGGAAGAGAAAAAAUAAUUCUUACUAUACAAAAAUCUAGUUGUUUGUAGGUCAUUGAUUGACUCUUUAUCCUCCAAAACCUUCUAAGUCUUAACCAAGAGGUCUGGGUAUUUCUUUCAUUAUUAUCGUCUCUUUUCCAAAAUUUGUUUCAAUGUCCCUGUCCAACUAAUCUAUAAGCUCAGCGUAAAAAAUCUCAACUUUAAAUUAGCUGACUUACUUAUUAAACAUAUUAUCAAAUGUAUGUAAUUAGCUAAUUAACUCUUUCUUUCUCAACAAUUCUUUGUAUUCUUUGUUUAACAACGGUUUGUGAAUAUUAGAUGUUUUUAAAGGGUAUGUAAAAAACAUGUGCCGUAUAAAUUUUGCCAUAAACCUUUAUUCUGUAUAGAUUUAAUAUUCAAUCUGUUUAAAGUGGUAUUGGCUUUAAAAUUGUGAGGGACUAUUUACAAAUAUUUUUUAUUUAAAUAAAGAUAAUUCUUUGAUACCAACGUAUAAGCUUUGCAAGCGGUCAAGGCAGAGCCCUAUGAGAGUACAUAUAAAAAUACAAAUUUGCUUAUGUCGUCCAUGAAGCCAUUGCAUGCAUAUUGGCUCUAUUACUGAAAAAAUCAGCUCAAUUUGUCAAGUUAGUUUGAUUGAUAUUUAAAUUAGUAGUUAAAAAAUAAUUAAAUUCCAUUUUGUAGCCCCUGAACUGCGUAGUAUAGACUAAACUUUACGUACCUCGUCUUGCAGUUCAAAAAUAGUGUAUGAG